AUGCCGAAGAAUAGCAAGGUGGUAAAAAGAGAAUUAGAUGAUGAGGUUAUUGAGUCUGUCAAAGACCUUCUUUCCAAUGAAGACUCAGCUGAUGAUGCUUUUAAGAAGAGUGAACUAAUUGUUGAUGUCCAAGAAGAGAAAGACACAGAUGUUGAAGAAAGGUCUGAAGUCAAAGAUGAAAGACCAGCUUGGAACAGCAAGCUCCAAUACAUCCUGGCCCAGGUUGGAUUUUCUGUAGGGUUAGGGAACGUGUGGCGGUUCCCAUAUCUCUGUCAGAAGAACGGGGGCGGUGCCUAUCUUUUGCCAUAUUUAAUACUACUUCUGGUAAUAGGUAUUCCCCUUUUUUUCCUGGAACUUUCCGUGGGUCAGAGAAUUCGGCGAGGAAGCAUUGGUGUGUGGAAUUAUAUAAGCCCUCAACUGGGAGGGAUUGGAUUUGCAAGUUGUGUUGUAUGCUUUUUUGUGGCUCUCUACUACAAUGUCAUCAUUGGCUGGAGUCUGUUUUAUUUUUCUCAAUCUUUUCAGCAGCCUCUGCCUUGGGAUCAGUGUCCUUUGGUGAAAAAUGCUUCACACACUUUUGUAGAGCCAGAAUGUGAAAAAAGUUCCGCCACUACCUAUUAUUGGUACAGAGAAGCACUGAAUAUUUCCAGUUCCAUUUCUGAAAGCGGUGGCUUAAACUGGAAGAUGACCAUCUGCCUGCUGGCUGCCUGGGUUGUGGUGUGCUUGGCCAUGAUCAAAGGCAUUCAGUCUUCUGGAAAAAUCAUGUAUUUCAGUUCUCUGUUCCCCUAUGUGGUACUCACAUGCUUCCUAAUCAGAGCGCUCCUUUUAAAUGGUUCAGUUGAUGGCAUCCGUCACCUGUUUACCCCUGAGCUUGAAAUCAUGCUGGAGCCGAAGGUGUGGAGAGAAGCCGCAGCUCAGGUGUUCUUUGCCUUAGGUCUGGGAUUCGGCGGCGUCAUCGCCUUUUCAAGCUACAACAAAAGAGACAACAACUGCCACUUCGACGCCGUCCUGGUGUCCUUCAUCAAUUUUUUUACUUCUAUCCUGGCAACACUGGUGGUGUUUGCAGUUCUGGGCUUCAAAGCAAACGUCAUAAAUGAGAAAUGCAUUGCAGAAAAUUCGGAAAUGAUCAUCAAACUUGUGAAAAUGGGUAACAUUAGUCAAGAUAUCAUUCCCCAUCAUGUCAACUUUUCAGCUAUUACUGCCCAAGAUUAUGACUUAGUUUAUGACAUCAUUCAAAAAGUGAAAGAAGAAGAGUUUCCCGCACUUCAUCUCAAUGCCUGUCGAAUUGAAGAUGAGCUCAAUAAAGCUGUUCAGGGGACUGGUUUAGCUUUUAUUGCCUUUACAGAAGCGAUGACACAUUUCCCCGCGUCUCCCUUCUGGUCGGUGAUGUUCUUCCUCAUGCUGGUAAAUCUAGGGCUUGGCAGCAUGUUUGGAACCAUUGAAGGGAUCAUCACACCCGUGGUGGACACUUUCAAAGUGAGGAAAGAAAUCCUCACCGUUAUCUGCUGUCUUCUGGCAUUUUGUAUUGGCCUGAUAUUUGUGCAGCGCUCUGGAAACUACUUUGUUACAAUGUUUGAUGACUAUUCUGCAACCCUGCCUCUGCUAAUUGUCGUCAUUUUGGAGAAUAUUGCUGUAUCCUUUGUUUAUGGCAUAGAUAAGUUUAUGGAAGAUCUAAAGGAUAUGCUGGGCUUUGCUCCCAAUAGAUAUUAUUACUAUAUGUGGAAAUAUAUAUCUCCUCUAAUGCUGUUAUCACUGCUAAUCGCUAGCAUUGUGAAUAUGGGAUUAAGUCCUCCUGGCUAUAAUGCAUGGAUGGAAGAUAAGGCAUCUGAGAAAUUUCUGAGCUACCCAACGUGGGGGAUGGUCAUCUGUAUCUCUCUGAUGGUCCUGGCAAUACUGCCCAUCCCGGUUGUCUUCAUCAUCCGCCGCUGCAACCUAAUAGAUGAUAGUUCUGGUAAUUUAGCAUCUGUCACCUAUAAGAGAGGAAGGGUCCUGAAGGAGCCUCUAAACUUAGAGGGAGAUGAUGCAAGCCUCAUUCAUGGCAAGAUAUCAAGCGAGAUGUCCUCUCCAAAUUUCAGUAAAAAUAUUUAUCGAAAACAGAGUGGAUCACCAACUCUGGAUACAGCUCCCAACGGACGCUAUGGGAUAGGGUACUUGAUGGCAGACAUGCCAGACAUGCCGGAAUCUGACUUGUAG